AGUCGUUACAGAACAAACAGUGUGCUUUAUUGCUACCGAUCUUGGAGAACUUUUUGAAUGUCAGGACAACGCUUCGUAACAUCACGCAGACAUUUCUAGAUCAUAAAAGGAGUUCAAGAAGGGAUGGCGUCUAUAUAUAUCGUUUCUGUAUUAGUUGUGCUAUUAGUAAAAGCUCAGAGGGAGUCUUUGGGUAAAGCGGAAGAUAUAAGUCUGGUUCGGUACAUUGAGGGUCGCAUCUUGCUUCUAGAGGACAGAUUGUACAAAUGCGAACAGGACAUACAACAAUCAAUGCAACUAUUUAAAGACCUUUCACAUAAGCUAAUUUUGCGUCUAGACAGUUUUAAUAGAUAUAAAACAGAAGCAAAGAAUGAGAUGGACAAUUUGUUGGCAAGACUUGAAAGAGCCGAAUGGGACAUAGACUACCUAGAAACGACAACUUCCUCCAAUGCAUGUCUGGAAGUUGAUGACCACCUGGUGGAGAAGCAAGUGAUAGAACAUGAAGAGUAUGAAGAAGAAAAGAGAAAGAUUCAAAUGAAUCUUAACACAAGCUGUAACAGCAUGCUAGCGCACAUCAAGUCUCAGAAAACGGUGAAGAAAACGAAAAUUACUAUUGGCUCGUGGAUGAAGAAUUGCGACAAUCAGUCAGACCCGCAGGAGAUCUACUUCUUUAGUGGGGCCAAAAAUAAUGUAAUCUUGACUUUUGCAAAUAUCAGAGAUUUUAGCAGCACGGGUUUUAUGCAGAAAGCCGAACAUCUAUACCUUCCAUUCUUCUGGCAAGGUACUGGUCAUGCACUUUACCAUAAUUACCUGUUUUUCCAUAAAAAUGGUACACUGAAUGAAAUUGUCAGGUAUAGUUUGAGAGAUAAUGUUACGCAAUCCAUGGAACUGCAUGGCGCAGGAGACUUUUCUCCAUACCAUCUUUCUCCUUUCACGAAAAUUGAUUUUGCGGUGGAUGAACAAGGACUUUGGACAAUCCAUGCAGAUUCAGGCAUUGAAGGAAAUAUUGUCCUCACAAAAUUAAACUAUAAUAACCUGACUAUUGAGCACAUGUGGAAUACGACUUGUGAAAGCACCAAUGCCGAAGCAGCCUUUGUAAUCUGUGGAACCCUGUAUGUCAUGUACAACAGUCCAAACGGUGGAAGGUCUCAUAUUGAUUGCAUAUAUGACACAUCAGAUAUUAUCUCUAUUCAUGAGACACCUACCUUAUACUUUCCCAAGAGAUACAGCAGCCAUUCCUCCUUACACUACAACCCAGUAGACCAAACAUUGUAUGGUUGGGAUGAAGGAUACCAGAUGCUCUAUAAAUUUGACUCAAAGCCAAAAUUUGCACAGCCCUAAAGAAAAACAGAAUAAUAAAUGUGUAAAAUAAAUCAUACAAUAAAUAUAGUAGCAAAAAAAAAAAGAAGAAGGUUUCGCAUAGCACCUGUUAUUUUGGCCAAUGGAAAGGUAGUGGUGUAUGAAAGGAAUGCUGAUAUAGCAAGUCUGUUGUUAAAAUUUAAUUUCGAUGACAUCACAUUACAUAUUUGCCAUUUGGAAUUCUGAUCACUGGUGGGUAAACCCUGCCGCAGUUCUUGAGCAAGAAGUCUGAGCUGUAGAGCUUGGCAAAUCUUCCAAUGACAAGGCUCCCAAAAGGUCCCUAAAGCUGAUUUUUCCAUUGAUGUCCAUAAAGUUUCCAUUUUGAUGAUAAACUCUGUAGAGAAGUGGCAA